GGAGAAAAAUAAUAAGCUCAAGAGCAGCUCAUCUUGUAACGAAGUGAAAAAACACAGUGCUUGAUCGAGUGUGAAGAAAAAGUGCCUAUCAUAGCCGCAAUAUCGGCCGUGUUCGGAAGAUGAAAAUCCCCUGAUAAGCGGUUGUUUUCCUCCUUAUCCUCCUCCUCCUCUUCAUCCGGGGAAUGACACAAAAAGUAGGAACGCAGUACUAAAAACACCCUCGGCUAAAAGUGUCUGUUUGUAAUGUGCACGGCGGAGGGCGGAUAGGGAGGCGCUAAAUAUGCACGGUCAAAAAGUGGAAUGAGCAAGCAAUAGGCACGGUAUUUCGCAAGGUCGUUGUCGGUCAAGCGCGGAGGAAUAUCCCAUAUCGUACGGCAAAUCGGUGUGUUGUGUUGUUAGGACAGCGGCAGGAGGUAACGUAUCGGUCGGUGCAACAGGAGCAGCGAAAACUCAGACAGAUUGGGCAACAACCGCUGGUCAGCAAGUGCGUUCCGGCUCCUCCUUUUUUGGUCUGGGCGGUCAAGAAGCGAAGCUGCGGAGGAAGAGAUGUGAUGAGAAAUGUCAAACGAGGCCUUCUUGGAUUGCUCGGCUACUGAAACAAACAUUGCGAAAACAAUCCAUUUUAGAAGCCGCUUUUGGCCUCGCUAACCGUGUGUGCGUGGUCUAAGUAGCUGGCUGCUCUGGUGUCUGGUGCGGGCGCGCGUGUGUAUCGUUCCGUGGCUAUGGACAGUAGUUGCCAGGGCGGGUUGGAAGGAGGACAGCAGAAUACAUCCGUCGGCGCAGCGGUCAUGGGCGACGGUGGCCCUCGGUUUGGCAACUACAUGCAAUCGAGUCAGCAAACGACGCCAAUAAUGGUUGUGCAGCAGCAUCGCCACUUUCAGCACCAGUGUCGAAUUUGCGGGGUUACGGAGGGCCUACGCCGUUGCAGUCGCUGUCAGAUUGCAUACUACUGUUCGGUCGACCAUCAGCGGAUCGAUUGGAAGGUGCACAAGAUCGAGUGCCGUUCGAUACACCAGCUGCCACCAACGCAGUCCGUUGCUGCCGGAGAAGUGCAUCAGCAGCAACUGGCCUACAGUGGUGCAAUUUAUCCCAACGGUGAAGUGAGUCAAGCCCAGGAUCAGAGACAGCUGGGUAGUAGCGUUAAUACGCAAGUCCUUCCAGUGGUAGCCCUUCCGAACGGAGGCAACUUUUGUGUACGUGCUGAAAUGCUACCUCCCUCCGGCGGCACCCCCGUCAUCACCACCACCAACGGUGCGUUCGUUCCGAAUGUAAACAUCGGCUCGGAAGCGUCACUACCACAACCACGCGCCAAUCCCUUUACGACGGCAGAAGAAACAACAACAACAGCAACGCAGCAGCCGUCGUUAGUGAUACCGUCCGAGGACGGCAGCGACAGUGGCGACGAGUUUCUCAACGAGCUGGCAGUCGCAAAGUUAUUCCCGAUCGAUGCACUCGCUUCCGCCGAGGAGCUCGCCGAUCUCGACCAGAUCGAUGUCGAUCACAUACUAAACGAAAACAAUUUCCUCAACAACAUCAACAAUCUGAACGUGUUCGACGGUACCGAACGACAGCAGCAAGAGGCGCAAUUUGCAGUCGCUCGUGUGGAUAAUAACAAUCAGGGUUUCCCCAUCGACGAUACCACCGUGCUGAACAAUAAUAAUAAUAACACUUUCGUGAACAGUGCUCUGUUAGUGGACGGUUUCGAUAGCACCAACGUGCAGCAAGUAGUGUACGAUCCAAGCAGUUCGUUUGCCUCAGAAACAAUGCAGUCCGGUAGCGUAAUGUUGCUACAGCAACCUCAGCAACAACAACAGCAGCAGCAGCAGCAGCAGCAGCAACAACAACAAUCGCCACAGCAUGAACAGCGACCGUCAAAAACCCAGCAGCAUCUGGCCGCUUUGCUGCGGCAGGCGGGCGAAGAGAUGGCUGCCGUCGAUAGGCCACUCCUGUCGAAGAUGGUACCCCCGGGGGACAGUGCCAGUGCAGUGAACGCCCUGCUGGGUGCAAAGAUGGACAGUAUGAAAGGGUUGUCGUCUGGGUCCACGCGGAUGAGUGUAGAUUUGACCGGUGCCGGUGUGACCACUCCAGCAUCCACCGACGGCACCGGGGCCGAUUUGGACAGUGAAAGUUUGGACGAAGCCUGUCGCAGCUUAAUACGAGACAUGAACGAGUACGGGGUUUGCGUGUUGGACAAUUUUCUAGGCCAGGAACUAGGCCAGCAGGUGCUGGAGGAAGUGACUGGCAUGUACUCUUCGGGAGUUUUUCGGGACGGUCAGCUGGUAUCCAACCGUGGUGGUAAAAAUUUGCGCCAUAUUCGGGGUGAUAAAAUCACCUGGAUCGGGGGAAAGGAACCCGGCUGCAGCAGCAUUGGCCAUCUCAUCAAUCGGGUUGAUGCUGUCAUUACCAACUGCAAGAGGAUGAAAAACAAUGGCAAACUUGGCCGGUACAAUAUCAAGGAGCGGACGAAGGCCAUGGUAGCGUGCUAUCCCGGUUCCGGGUCGCAUUACGUGAAGCACGUCGACAAUCCCAACCGCGACGGACGCUGCAUUACGGCCAUCUACUACCUGAACCUCGACUGGGACGUCCGGAAAAGCGGUGGCCUUUUAAGGAUCUUCCCGGAAGGAUGCAAUGAUCGUGUCGCCGACAUCGAGCCCGUCUUCGAUCGUAUCCUGUUCUUCUGGUCGGAUCGGCGUAACCCGCACGAGGUUCAACCGGCCCACCGUACCCGGUACGCCAUCACGCUGUGGUAUCUGGAUGCGGAAGAGCGCGAAUCGGCUCGGCUCCGCUAUCAGCGAGAUUGCGAGAACCGGUUUAAGGCCUAGAAAGGACUAGUGAACCUGCAGGAGGGCGAGGGCAAAGGAGUGAUCUUCUCUUGAAGGACCGCUCGAAAAAGACCGGAUGCGUCCGCACGCGGCGGUCAUACCAAAUCGAAUAAUUUAUUAGAGAAAUUGUUAUUCAAAUGUGAUACAACUGUACAUGUAUAAACAUUAGUCAUUAAGUUGUUUAACUAGGAUUACAGUCUAGCCGCUCCCGCUAGUAGUGAAGAUCAGUGACUAGCUGAUCCGAAUGCUAGAACCAGCGAUCGCAGAGGAAAAACGGACCCUUUUCGUUGGCCUGAGAAUGUGUGAUUUGGGAGGGAGUGAAAGAUUACCGAAUGAUCACAACAUGCGAAGAUCUUUGUACAUAGGAAUGGUAUUGCACUCAGCGGACAGAAACAAAUGUUACAAACACAAUAUCAACACAAGCAGAUUGAGUUAUGGUAGGAAUGGCAGAAACAUGGUUAUUAACAGACGUAAAAUGUAAACUGAUCGGUUUCAUUAGUUAGCAAAUGGUGGAUGCUGCUUUGCAUUGCGCCCUGAGAACCGGGGUACAUCAACCUAAUCCCGAAAUAGUGUGCGUUACUGGGUAUUGGGUUUGAUGAUAGGAAACAUUGUGUCGAAAUCAAAAAUCAAAAACAAAUAAACACUUACAUGAAUUGGAAUGUGAGGUUGAUAGUAAUUGCAUCGCGAAAAUGUAAAACAAAGAUGGACCAGGAAUCAGAGUACUGCUCUCGGAAAAGCCUAUUAGAACGUUUGUGCACCAUAGUAACGGAACGAAUGAAAGAAUUGCAAGUGAAUCUUGGACCAACAGCGGCCAGAAUAGGACGCCAUCGAAAAAAGAGCAAGGAAAAAUGGCGAACAACAAUUUGUGAAGUGAUUUGUAUUCUACUCAAUAUUAGAUAGACAAUUAAAAAAAUAAAUGUGAACUGUUUUUUUUUAUUUAGAAUA